CAGAGGGCAAAGGAAAAAGUGGGGAAGACUUUUUUCAGAAGAUUAUGGAAGAAACAAAUACACAGAUUGCUUGGCCAUCAAAGUUGAAGAUUGGAGCAAAAUCAAAAAAAGAUCCCCAUAUUAAAGUUUCUGGAAAAAAGGAAAAUGUUAAAGAAGCAAAAGAGAAAAUAAUGUCUGUCUUGGACACAAAAAGCAACCGGGUAACCUUGAAGAUGGAUGUUUCACAUACAGAACAUUCUCAUGUGAUAGGUAAAGGUGGCAAUAAUAUUAAAAAGGUGAUGGAGGAAACAGGAUGCCAUAUCCAUUUUCCAGAUUCAAAUAGGAAUAAUCAGGCAGAGAAAAGCAACCAAGUGUCUAUUGCAGGACAGCCAGCUGGAGUGGAGUCUGCAAGAGUUAGAAUUCGGGAGCUGCUUCCAUUGGUACUCAUGUUUGAAUUGCCUAUUGCUGGAAUUCUCCAACCAAUCCCGGAUCCUAAUUCUCCAACAAUUCAUCAUAUAUCUCAGACAUAUAACAUUUCAGUUUCCUUUAAACAACGUUCUCGAAUGUAUGGUGCUACAGUCAUUGUCAGAGGGUCACAAAAUAACACUAGUGCUGUGAAGGAAGGAACAGCCAUGCUUUUAGAACACCUUGCUGGGAGUCUGGCCUCUGCAAUCCCCGUGAGCACACAACUAGACAUUGCAGCACAGCAUCAUCUCUUCAUGAUGGGUCGAAAUGGCAGUAACAUCAAGCAUAUCAUGCAGAGGACUGGUGCUCAGAUACACUUCCCUGACCCUAGUAACCCACAGAAGAAAUCUACUGUCUACCUCCAGGGCACAAUUGAGUCUGUCUGUCUUGCCAGGCAAUAUCUCAUGGGUUGCCUUCCUCUUGUGCUCAUGUUUGAUAUGAAGGAAGAAAUUGAAGUAGAACCACAGUUUAUAACACAGCUAAUGGAGCAAUUAGAUGUCUUCAUAAGCAUUAAGCCGAAGCCAAAGCAACCAAGCAAGUCUGUGAUUGUAAAAAGUGUGGAACGAAAUGCCUUAAAUAUGUACGAGGCCCGGAAAUGUCUCUUGGGACUUGAAAGUAGUGGAAUUACCAUAGCAUCAAAUCCCUCUGUCUCAUGCCCUGUUGGUUUGUCUUGUCCUGGUUUGGAUAUAUUGUCCUCAGCAGGGCUAGGACUCACUGGGCUUGGACUUUUAGGUCCAACAGCCCUGUCAGUCAACACCUCAACUGCUCCCAACUCCCUUUUGAAUGCCCUUAAUAGCUCUGUGAGUCCCUUACAGAGUCCAAGUUCAGGCACACCUAGUCCCACCUUAUGGGCAACAUCUCUUGCUAACACAAAUGCCACAGGUUUUUCUGCUAUUCCACAUCUAAUGAUACCAUCUACUGCCCAAGCAACCUUAACUAGUAUUCUGCUGUCUGGGGUACCUAAUUAUAGUCAAAACACUCCAUCUCCACCACCAGGCUUGACUCCUGUUGAAGUCCAUGUUAAUGGCAUGCAAUCAGAGAGUAAAAAAGGCUCACCUUCUUUAAAUGGCCAUGUAAAGACCUCAGAUAUCAAGUAUGUAGCAUUGCCUGCCACAUCGCUAGGAGAAAAUGUGUUGAACAAAAACCACAGUGAUCCAGUGAGACAAGCAAGUGCUCAUGGUGCCUCAGAACAAGUAGCUGCCAAGUCAAAUAGUGCAGAAGGUUGCAAUGAUGCUUUUGUUGAAGUAGGCAUGCCAAGAAGUCCAUCUCAUUCAGCAAGUACCAGUGAUCUGAAGCAGAUGCUGAGCUCUUCCAAGCAGGCCUGUGCUAAGAGACAAACGGUUGAAUUACUGCAAGGCACCAAAAACUCUCAUUUACAUACUGCUGAGAGGCUGCUCUCAGAUGCAGAGUUAUGUGCUUCUGAAAGUCCCAUGGCUGAUAAAAAGGCUCCUGGAAGUGAACGGGCAGCAGAGAGAGCAGCAGCUGCCCAGAACUCUGAAAGAGCACGUCUAGCUCCACAGCCCUCAUAUGUAAAUAUGCAGGCAUUUGACUAUGAACAGAAGAAGCUACUAGCAACCAAAGCUAUGUUAAAAAAGCCAGUGGUGACUGAAGUAAGAACUCCAACAAAUACAUGGAGUGGUUUGGGGUUCUCUAAAUCUAUGCCUGCAGAAACUAUCAAGGAACUGAGAAGAGCAAAUCAUGUAUCAUACAAGCCAUCUAUGACAACUACAUAUGAGGGUUCAUCCAUGUCUCUCUCACGGUCCAACAGUCGGGAGCAUCUGGGAAGCGGCAGUGAAUCUGAUAACUGGAGAGACCGGAAUGGGCUUGGACCUGCAGCUCAUAAUGAAUUUGUCUCCUCAAUUGGCAGCCCCAAACGUAAACAAAAUAAAUCAGCUGAACACUAUCUCAGUAGCAGUAAUUACAUGGACUGCAUUUCCUCGCUGACAGGAAGCAAUGGCUGUAGCCUGAACAGUUUGUUUAAGGGGUCUGAUCUGCCUGAGCUGUUCAGCAAGCUUGGUCUGGGCAAAUACACAGACGUAUUCCAACAGCAAGAGAUUGAUCUGCAGACUUUCCUUACACUUACUGAUCAAGAUUUGAAAGAGUUAGGAAUUACCACUUUUGGUGCCAGAAGGAAAAUGCUGCUUGCAAUCUCAGAACUGAAUAAAAAUCGAAGAAAGCUCUUUGACCCAUCAAACAUACGUGCCUCAUUCCUGGAAGGUGGGGCUAGCGGAAGACUGCCACGCCAGUAUCACUCGGACAUUGCUAGUGUCAGCGGUCGCUGGUAG